AUUACGCAAAGCCAGCGAAAUAUCACUGGGGAAUUAUAUUAAAAAAAACUAAACUAAAGCCUUGUGAUAAGAAUUACCAAAUCUCCCACGGAUUCUGCACAACACAAAAAAUGAUUUAAUAUUCGCGCUUUUCAGUGUUCUUGGGCUUUAUGGUUUAUUUUCGUAGCAUUUAUUUUGGUGAUUUGUUUGGUUUGCAUUGAACAUAUUGUUUAUCCAAACAGGCAGCCUAUUCGGGGAGACCGACAUAAUAACCAUUAAGGCAAUUACAACCAUUAUAAACAACAAUAUCGAAAUGAGCAAUACAGAAAUGCCAGCUGAACUUGAAAAACAAAUUUAAGCAUGCUUGAGAUCCAAUAUUUGGGUAGCCAGGUCUUAAUAGUGUCUACGAGAAAAGCCCAAGGAACAAUAAAAACACCAGCAGCGGAUUCUUUCAUUCAGCAUCAACAUUACGGCGAAACAAGUAUUGCUAUUCCGGCGUUUUCCGCGUGGCCGCAUUUUCCGAGUGCUUUAAGUGUUUUCCCAGAAUUACAUCAAACCCACACCCGAAAGGCUCCUCCUCGGACUGCGCCUCCUCCUCAUGUUGGGUAAAUUCACCUCGAACCAUGUCCAGGUCUAUCAUCAGUACUCGCGUCCAGUGCCCGUAAAGAAGCCCGUUAAGCACCAGCCGCGUAGUUGGAUCGAGACAAAUUUCCAGAAGCGCGAAUGCAUCAAGUUCAUACCAUGCCCAAAGGACGAUACAAAAUGCUGUUGUGGCCAAGUCCAGAUCACACAUCAAACGAUACCUGGCAUCGAGAGUGGCUCUCCCGGCGACCUCUGGCUGCCCACCAAACACACACGCCCCCAAACCACAGAUGCCUACGGCACCAUCGAGUUCCAAGGCGGGGCACAUCCCACAAAGGCACAGUAUGUUCGCCUGUCGUUCGACACGCGGCCGGAGCUGCUGGUGCAGCUCUUCACCAAGGAAUGGAAUCUGGAAUUGCCAAAACUUUUGAUCACCGUGCAGGGCGGCAAGGCCAACUUUGAUUUGCAGGCCAAAUUGAAGAAGGAGAUACGCAAAGGACUGCUGAAGGCGGCCAAGACCACAGGAGCCUGGAUAUUCACUGGCGGCACCAACACCGGAGUCACCAAGCAAGUGGGCGACGCCCUGCUCCUGGAGGGCCAGCAGCGGACAGGACGAGUGGUCAGCAUUGGCAUCGCUCCCUGGGGCAUCGUCGAGCGCAAUCACGAGCUGUUGGGCCACAACCGCGAGGUGCCCUGCCACAGCAUAAGUUCGCCCAGAUCCAAGUUGGCUGUGCUGAACAACCGGCAUGCUUACUUCCUGCUGGUGGACAAUGGUACCCAGGCCAAGUAUGGAGCUGAGCUCAUCCUGCGCCGCAAGCUGGAGAAGUUUAUAUCCAACCUGAAGCUACAUCCAUUCACACAUUCCAGUACGCCCGUCGUCUGCCUGGUGAUCGAGGGCGGCACCAACACGAUACGUGCGGUGCUCGAGUACGUGACGGACUCGCCGCCGGUUCCGGUGGUGGUGUGUGACGGAUCCGGGCGUGCCGCCGACCUGCUUGCCUUCGUCCACAAAUAUGCUUCGGAUGGCGAGGAGCAGCCCGUGCUGGAGUCCAUGCGGGACUAUCUCAUUGGCACCAUACAGAAGACCUUCGAAGUGGGCCUGGACCAGUCCGAGAAGCUCUACCAUGAGCUGUUGCAGUGCACAAGGAACAAGAAUCUGAUUACCGUCUUUCGCAUACAGGAAAAGCCCGAGGGCGAGGCACAAGAGCUGGAUCAAACCAUCCUGACGGCCCUCUUCAAGUCGCAGCAUCUGAGUCCGCCGGAGCAAUUGAGCCUGGCCCUGACGUGGAAUCGCGUGGACAUAGCGCGCAGCGAGAUAUUCGUCUAUGGCCAGGAGUGGCCCAACGGCGCCCUCGACGAGGCCAUGAUGCAGGCCCUGGAACACGAUAGAAUCGAUUUCGUCAAAUUACUCCUGGAGAAUGGCGUUUCGAUGAAGAAAUUUUUAACAAUACCGCGCCUCGAGGAGCUCUACAAUACCAAGCACGGGCCGGCCAAUACGUUGGGCUAUAUCCUGCGCGAUGUCCGACCGCACAUACCCAAGGGCUACAUUUACACGCUUCACGACAUCGGUCUGGUGAUCAAUAAACUGAUGGGCGGUGCAUAUCGAUCCUAUUACACGCGCCGCAAAUUUCGGCCCAUCUACGCCAAGGUUAUGAACAGCUAUGCCAACGCCUGCCGCAAGUCCUCCACCUACCAGUAUCAGCGCUAUGCCGGAGCCAAUUCCCUUAGCCUGGUCACCGGCCUGUUGCCCUUCACCUCUGAAAUGGCCCUCUUCGAGUUCCCCUUCAAUGAGCUGCUGAUCUGGGCGGUGCUGACCAAGCGCCAGCAGAUGGCCUUGCUGAUGUGGACGCAUGGCGAGGAGGCGCUGGCCAAGUCCCUGGUUUCCUGCAAGCUGUACAAGGCCAUGGCCCACGAAGCGGCCGAAGAUGACCUGGACACGGAGAUAUACGAGGAGCUGCGUUCCUAUGCCAAGGAGUUUGAGAGCAAGGGCAACAAGUUGCUGGACUUUAGCUACCGCCAGGAUGCUGAGAAGGCCCAGCGGCUGCUCACCUGCGAGCUGCACUCGUGGUCCAACCAGAGCUGCCUCUCCCUGGCGGUGGCAGCCAAUCAUCGCGCUUUGCUGGCCCAUCCCUGCAGUCAGGUGAUCCUGGCGGAUCUCUGGAUGGGAGGCCUGCGUACCCGCAAGAAUACCAACUUUAAGGUCAUCUUGGGCUUGGCGAUGCCCUUGUACAUCCGUCAGCUGGAUUUUAAAACAAAAGAGGAACUCCAGCAAAUGCCGCAGACCGAAGAAGAGCAUCUGGAGAAUCAGAAUCUGGACAAUGAUGACUCGGAUCGCUCGCAGCCGGAUGCCGAGGCUCUGUUGGCGGAUACUUACUCAGUGCGCGAUACAAAAGUACACGAAAAUGGCAAAGUCUCGCUCACCGACUCGGAUCCCGCCCAGUUCCGGGAGUUCUUCAAUCUCUCCGAGUACAACGAGGUGAAGCAGCACCAGCCACUGCGCCUGAAGAAGAAGUUCUACGAGUUUUAUACGGCGCCCAUUACCAAAUUCUGGGCCGAUUCGAUUGCCUAUAUGUUCUUCCUGAUAAUGUUCUCCUUUACGGUGCUGGUGAAGAUGGAGACGAUGCCGCGGUGGCAGGAAUGGUACUCGAUAGCGUACAUCACCACGCUGGGCUUCGAGAAGGUGCGCGAAAUCAUAUCCUCCGAACCGGUGGCCAUUACGCAUAAAUUCUCGGUGUGGGCGUGGAAUAUGUGGAAUCCCUGCGAUGGCGCCGCCAUAAUACUCUUUCUCAUCGGUCUGGCCUUUCGGUUUCGAGAUACCACCAUGGACAUUGGCAGGGUUAUCUACUGUGUGGAUAGUAUAUACUGGUAUCUGAGAAUCCUCAACAUCCUGGGCGUCAACAAGUAUCUGGGUCCUCUGGUCACCAUGAUGGGAAAAAUGGUCAAGAACAUGAUUUACUUUGUGGUCCUGCUGGCCGUCGUCCUCAUGAGCUUUGGGGUCAGCCGACAGGCCAUUCUGUAUCCCGACAAGCAGCCCACCUGGGGCCUGAUCAAGGAGGUCACCUUCCAGCCCUACUUCAUGCUGUACGGCGAGGUGUUCGCCGGCGAUAUUGACCCUCCCUGCGGCGAGGAUCCCAGCCAGCCAGGCUGCGUCACUGGCCAUUGGGUAACGCCGAUAACGAUGUCCAUGUAUCUGUUGAUUGCCAAUAUUCUGCUGAUAAAUCUCCUCAUCGCCGUGUUCAACAAUAUCUUCAACGAGGUCAAUUCGGUGUCCCAUCAGGUUUGGAUGUUCCAGCGUUUCACAGUCGUCAUGGAGUACCAACAGAAGCCCGUCCUGCCGCCGCCAUUCAUUGCGCUAUGCCACUUCUACUCGCUGCUCAAGUACUGUGUGAGAAAGGCGAAAGGAUUGGAGGUGCAGCGGGACAACGGUCUCAAGCUGUUCCUCGAGAAGGACGACCUGGAGCGGUUGUAUGACUUUGAGGAGGAGUGCGUCGAGGGCUUCUUCCACGAACAGGAAAUCAUUCUCAAUCAGUCGACGGACGAAAGGGUAAAGAACACCACCGAGCGUGUGGAGACAAUGUCGCAGAAAAUCGAGGACAUCAAUCAGAAGGAGAACAUACAAACGGCCACCGUUCAGAACAUUGAGUUCCGGCUGCGCAAGAUGGAGGAAUCCUCUGAGCAGAUACUCUCCCACCUGGCCGUCAUACAUCGCUUCAUGUCCACGCACAUUGCCGGCACGGAUGACCUGCGGGGCUCAACGAUAAACAUUCCAUCGGAGAUGCACCGCAUGCGUACCAUCUCGAUAUCGGACACGGAGGGCGGUGGCAAUGGCAGUGGCGGUGCCGGAGGAGGAGGAAGUGGUAGUGGCGGCGGUGGAGGAGCCAUUGUGCCGCUAGCUCUGGGCGCCGGACUGAAUUUAAAUUCGCUGCAGGUGACCACACGCCGUCGAUUCAAUCGCUCGCUGACCGAGGUCCGGCCGGACGCGUACAUCUUCGACGAGGGCACCCACUUUGAGGUGGUCCCACUGCCAGAGGAACCGGAUGAGGUGGUCAAGUCCCGCGAGGCUCUCAACGAGCAGGUGGUGCGCAAGGCUUCGAUGCAAUCGGAGGCGGACUCGGACAUAUAUUUGCCACUUUCCCAGCGCCCUUCAACCUGCGAGACGGUCAAGAGGACGCCUUAUGUGACCGUGCGCCAGGAUACCGGAGCCAGCACGGAGAGCAAGGAUACCCUGACGCCUAUGGGCAAUGAUGAUGAUCAGACGCUGGUCGGUGGCGAUAAUUCGGAUGAUGCGGCGCCGGAUAUCAAUUUUGAGGCUGCCCGUCAUCGGGCCUUGAGACAGCGCACUGUCUCCCUGUGUCGCCGCAACUCGGAGACCUACUCCCUCACCGGAGCAGACUUCAAUCGAUCGCACAUCAGCCUCAACCAGCUGGCCUCGCUCUCCCGCCGCCAGAUGAGCCUGACGCAGUCGGAGCCGGACAGCGACAAGGAUAUGCCAGCAGCUGCUGGAGGCUCUUCCUCCGCUCAUCCGGGUAAAUCAGUAUUGCAUGCGAAACCCUCCAGAAAUAUCUUGCUGAAACUGCACAGCGAGUACACCUCGAUCACGGACGAGCUGGAGAGCGUCUGCCACAUGAUAGCCUCGCCCACGGUCUCUCUGCAGAGCAACAAAGCUUCACUGGACCGGCCCAAGACGGAGAUGUCGCGGGCGGAGGCCGCCGCCCUGCUGGAGAAGAAGCAUUUGAAGGAGUGCGAGGAGAACGAUUACAAGAUACUGGAGGGCCUGAUUGAGGCACGCGGCUCCAUUGAUGCCAGCGCCCAGCCCUUUGAGAUCGGCGUUUCCAUAGACUACAGCCAUCGCUAUCCGCUGCGACGCGAAACUGCCGUUGAGCUGUCACCUUCAAAGCCCUCGGUCGAGGGCGACCUGAUGGGCGGAGCCACUGGAGGUGCCGCCAGCGGCGGUGGCGGUGAUAGUAGCGACACCAGCGGAGCUGGUAGCUGCGGUGCCAUGGUCGUCGUCUCGAGUGGCUUUCAGCUAAAGAACGAGCGUCCCUGGCAGCGCAACUCAUCAAUGGAGCAACAGACCUAUCCCUCUCCCCUAGUGCCCACGCGGGCGACCAGCGAUUUCCUCAAUCCCCCGUACGAGGGCAGCGGGCGGCUCUUCAAAAAGUCCAGCGAGAGUUUGCAGAAGAACUCCAGCACGGAGACAGACUACUCGGCGCAUCCAUAUCGCUUCAUCAAGCAGAGCUCCAACGAGACAAACACCUCGCUGACGGGCUCCUACAACGUGGACACGCCCUCGCUGACCGCAGAGCCCUCGCUGGAUGCCGGCGACUCGCAUUCGGCGACGGGAAUUAGCAUUAGCGUUGGCGCCGCUGGCGGCGCUGCCACGGCGCGUUACCAGCCCAUCCGCACGGCCUCUGUGGGCGCCGCCGAUGGCAGGCGGUUGCGGGACGAGAGCUCUAGCUCUCUGGAUCUCAGCUCAGGUGGAACCACUGGGCCAGUGACGAUGCAGGCAGCGCCGGCACCGCCAUCGCGUCCAAUGCUGCUGAAGAAACAGUUUAGCGUGGACCAGGGCAAGCCAUCUCAGCCGGCGGAGGCUACUGCCACUGCCACGGGCAUGGCCACAGCUACGGCUCAGACGCCGGAGCCUGCUCAGGUUGGGGCCAAACUGAUUUCCACGCUCAAGCCGCAGCCCUUUGCGAGCAAGCUGGGCAUGAAUGUGCUCAAGGAGAGCAGCUCCAGCACGGAGGAGUCGGGCUGUUCCUCAGCCAAGAGCAGCAACCCGGCCCUGUCUAUACCCCAGAUCAGUACGCAUCUGGUGCAGGACGAGAUAGCCAAGCUGUCGUCGAACAUCAAGAGCAGCACGGAGUCGGAGAAGGAUCCGCCGUUCAACGAGACAAUGUGUUAGCAAAGCAGGAGGUUGCUCAAAGGGAUAACUAGUCAUAGGCUGAGCUGGGUGAUACGAGCCUAGAGAGCUAGGAAAUCAGAUAUCAGAUAUAUAUAUAGGCGGGGGGAUCGCAUGUUACUACGCGUUAAUGAUUUUUGACAAUACAUAGUUCACAAAUUCUCUGUAUUUUUAUACAAGUAUUUAUUUAGAAAGCAAAGUCAUUGUUGUUGUUAUACACUCUACAGGAAGUCGGGGAAGGGAUAUCUGUUUUUCUUUAUUUUAUAUUCUCUGUCAACAAGAACAGGAACUCUCCUUUUUCGAGGAACCACCACCAAAGAAUUACAUAUGGUAACGCCUAAGUUAUAAAAAGAUAUAUCGCUUACACGGUAAUGGGUACUCUGUACAUUCUACUCGAUUCUUGGUACUCGGUACUCGGUACUUGGUACUCGGUACUUGGUACUCGGUACUUGGUACUCGGUACUUGGUACUUGGUACUUGGUACUCGGUACUUGGAACUCGAUCCUUGGUACUCGGUACUUGGUACUCGGUAGUUUGUACUGGGUACUCUGUACUCGAUACUUGGUACUUGGUACUCGAUAAUCAGUACUAGCUACUCAGUACUCGCUACUCCCGUACUGGAUACUUUCACAAAAAAGCCACUCCUAGAAUAUAGUCAAGUCUCUUACACAUAUUGUUGCUGCAAUCCUGCAACUUUCACCCAAAACAUAUCUCUGGAAGCAACCACUCUACUUUAUCCAAGCCGCGAGAUCAUGAGCACGCACCACCUCAAGGCAAUUGGAAACUUAUAUCGCAGCAACUCUGUGUCGUCUCGUCUCAACUUAGAUAGUCCGUUUUACUUGCUUAUACUAUUAUACUAUACAUAUAUAUAUAAUUCGUGUAUUCUGUGUACCACCAGCUGCCCUUUUGUCGGCGGCUUUAGUUAACUAUUAUUGUAAAUAAAUAGAAUAAAUGUUAUAUUAUGGAAAAAAAGAUUGCUAAGAUUGCUAAAAUUGUUCAUGUUUGGCCAGUGUGUGCUAAUACCUUUAAUUAGUUUUAAAAAUUAUACGCAAGGAUUAAGAUUAACAAUGCAUUUUAAUAAAACAAAACAAAAGAUUUAUGAUUGUACUUAUUUAA